AUGAAGCGAGAGUUCAGCUCUGGUUCCGGCAGAUUCAAAGUCUCUUCGGAAGAUUUCUUCCUGGACGACAUCGCCGAAGCCGAUGAAGUCGACAUCGAAACGUGCAGCUCGCGCCCGAGACCUUUCUGGCUCUCCGGCAACAUGAUUCCGAUCGCAGACCGGAUUUCCUUCGUGGGCUGCUCGAUCCCUCCGAGCAACGAAGAUGACAGCCUUGUCUUCGUCGACAUGGAAAAUUUCCUGGUGUACUACCCGUUCGCCUACGACUUUGGCCCCGUCAAUCUUGGCUCCAUCCACCACUUUGUCGUCCACCUCAACACAGUUCUCGAGCGCCAUCCGGAUCAGUGGAUCGUGUUGAGGUGUGCACCGGACAUGCAAGUGGUAACCAACGCCGUCAUGAUGAUCGGAGCGUACCUGAUCGUAGAGGGGAUCUCAGAGCCCGACAACGUGUUCUCCGAAGAGCUCAACGAGGAAACAAGAAACUUGCUUCCAUACCAUGACGCUACCUACUUGCCGACCUCCUUCACCAUCUCAGUGGAGGACGUGUGGGCGGGGCUAGCGAAGGCCAUGAAGCAAGGAUGGUUCAGUGUGGGUGGCUCAGAGCAUGAGGGCUUUGACUGCGAGGAGUACGAUCACUAUGACGACCCUUGCAACGGUGACCUGCAUCGCAUCAUCCCGGACAAGCUCAUCGCAUUCAAGGGGCCUGUGGAUCACAUGCACAACCGAGACUGGUUUGAUGAGAACUAUGUCAGGAUGUUCCAUCCGAGGUUCUUCGUUGAUGUCUUCAAGGAGAUGGAUGUGAAGUGUGUCAUCCGGCUCAAUGGGCCCAAGUACGACAAGGAGACGUUCGAGGAGAACGGCAUCAAGGUCGUUGACAUCUUCCUCGAAGACAAUGCUGUUCCCUCCACCCACAUCCUACAUCGCUUCCUGCAAGCCGUUGAGCUCGCCGAUGGACUCGUUGCUGUCCACUGCGACAAUGGGCUAGGAAGGACGGGCACCAUGAUAGCGGCCUACCUCAUUGCUUUCCGUGGAUUCACUGCCCGUGAGGCUAUCGGGUGGAUGCGUCUGGCUCGCCCAGGGUCUGUCAUCGGAGUACAGCAAGAGUUCCUCGUCGAGCGAGAGUUCGCCCUGCAACGGGCUGGCUUCGUAAUGAAGUCUAGGUCCUCCAAGUUCAUCCUUGAUGCCGGUUUAGACGGGGAUCUCAAGGUGCUCAGUUCUGUUCAUCCUCUCUCGAGUCUGGACCAUGAACCCGAGGGGACUGGAAACGAAAGGAAAAUCCCUGGCAUCAGCGAAGUAAACCAGCCUCCUUCCUGA